GAUAGUUUGCGCGCGCGCACGUUUCCCACAAUAGCAUUAUCAAAACGUGCGAUAUUUAACGCUAAAUAUUGAAUUAAAAGUGAUUUGAUAAUAACAGUUUAAUUAUCAUAUUUUUGUAAGUGUAUUUAACCAAGUGUUGCUUACUUUUCUAAUAAUAAUACUUGUUGUUAUUCGCAUUGAAUAACUGAUUGUUGAAUGAAAAAUGUGAUAUUUUAAUAUGAUAUAAAGUGGUUUUAAAUAUAGAAUCAAAUUAGAUGCGGUCCGUUAGUUAUAUAUGUGUUUAGCAUUUAUCUGUGUUUGAUUUGCAAAGGUAUUACAACGUACAGCCAAAAAAACGUUCUGUUAGUGCAUAAUUUUGGAACUGGCGUAUUGAAAUGAAAAUUAAUGAUGCGUUCAGUUUACACAAAGUUUGAAUUUAGAACUGUCAAAAAGUGUUUGAGUUAAAGUGUGAAGAAGUGUUCUUAAGUGUUUUAGUGAAAUGGUGCGUACUUAUAGGGUUGUGAAGUGCUUCAGGAUGCCGAAGAGAUCGAAGGUGGUCCCUGCCCCUAGCGGGGAGGGGGUAUUCACUAUUGACAUGUCAUCGACUUCUACAUUGGAUAUCGCCUCGGUGACAGAACCGCCCGCGCCAGCAGCGGAGAUGCAGGGUCGUCACGGCCUCCUGUGGCACGUGCUCAUAGACCUCCCUAUACUACUACUCGUGGCAGCAGUAUGCAUACUUCUAGAAGUAGGCGCCAUACCGAGCAGACGCAGCGGCUUCCGAUGCAACGACCCGGACCUCUCUUUCCCGCACACGGGAGACACUAUGUCCAUCUCACUCGUUGCGGCCAUUACUGUCAUCGUGCCGUAUAUUAUUAUGUGGGCAAUUGAGACGAUCCUUCACAGGGACGACGAAUACUCUAUGAAGAAGAACAAAUUCCUGGAGAGCGGGAAGACCGCUGGCUUCAUAUACAGAGACUACAUCUACGGAGCUGUAGUCAAUCUGACAGUGCUAGAGGUGCUGAAAUGUGUGGUCGGCUCACCGAGGCCUACUUUCUUCGAUUUAUGCGAACCUGAUAAAGCGAGGAGUUGUAAUGGGUCGGAGUAUGUGCACAGCUACACUUGUACGUCGACGAGAUUCUCCCGCUAUCUGCAGAUAGACUCCAGCAGGAGUUUCCCCUCCGCGCACACCUCGCUCUCUAUUUACUGCGGACUCUUUUUAGCGUGGUAUCUCCAAAGACGGGCCUUCAGUUGGCACAACCGCUCUGUCCUGGUGGUACCUCUACUUCAGAUCCUGUGCGUCAUCUACGCUAUGACCUGUCCACUCACCAGGAUCACGGACCAUCGGCACCAUUGGUGGGACGUAUUGUCGGGAGCAGCUAUGGGACUCUGCAGUGUUAUUUACACGGUGCUAGUUUUGUGCAAGAACUUCUCCCAACCCGCUGUGGUCAGCACCAGCGACAUAUCCAGCAGUGACAGCAACAACCACCAGUCAGUACGACGACUGCUGGCCAGCGGACCACGGGUGGUCGGGCCAUAGCCUCAACCUGUCUAAGGCUUGACGCCUUGAGGACUUACAGUGUUGUGAAAGAACUUUCACUAUAAAACGAAGUGUCUGGUGAUCAAUGUGACAUUUUUCAGGAAUGUGACUGUUGAUAAAAACAAUUUAAAAUUGAAUAUUUAAAAGCGCUGAUAUUUAAGAGAAAUAUCAACGUAACAAUAGAAAAUAUAUCUAUUUAAGUAUGGAAAUUGAAAAGUGUUGGUGACAUGAAAGUAAAAGUAACAUAGCCAGUCUAUGUCGUUUAGGACAGACCUAAAUUCUGUUGUUUAUUGGAUUUGUAUUGAACAGAAGCAGACGGAAUCGUGAUGAAAAACAUAAGAGUCUUAUUACUCGUUAUUCAUUGAUUGAUAAUUCCAAAACUAUUCAAAAAUCUACCGAAAAUACUUGAUAAAUGCCAUAACAAUGGAACACCUAACUCAUACACUGAUGACUCAAAAAACUGAACAUUUUAUAGAAGGUGGCACGAAAAGAUGUAAGAAUUAAAGUAGGUGACGAUCUUUAACUUUGUGAUGAGAAUAAACUGAACAAAAAAUGACUGUUUUGUGAACAUUAAUUAUUGUGAAAAUUUUAAAUUAGUUUUAAAUGUUUAAGAUUAAAUACAUACCAAAGCUUCUGGCACAUCAUGAAUCAUUUGAACUCUUGUUGCAUUGUUACUCUGAGUUAGAACCUAACGUUGAGUAUAAAAACGUUCAAUGUAUGAAAAAUCACUAAUACAAGGAUAUUUUAAUCCUCAUGCCAGCAGCUUUGGCGUUAAGAAUAGUACCUAGGUAUUAGUAGUGGUUGUAUUGAAUGUGAUUUUUAAUGUUAGUUUCAACAAUUCAAAUAUUAAAGCUAAUUAGAUCGUAUUUUUUUUUAAAUAUUGAAAUGCCAUUUCGUAUAAAGGCAUGUUGACAAAAUAUUAUGCGAUUACAUCUAACAAUAUAUAUAAAAGCAGUAUUUUUACGAGCAAUUUCAAUUUUUAAUAAUCUCUUUCAACAGAUAGGUAGGUAGGUAUGUGGUACCACCAUAAACAAGAAUCUAUUUUUUUCAAAAUUCAUAUAGGGUAGGGUUAGCUUAUUAGAUUCAGAUAAUUUUACUACUAAUUUUAAUACCUAUUUAAAUUGCCUAUUCUCGUAAAACUUUACUUUGACUUUUAUCGUAAAUUGAUAUGAGUCAAAAGUACUAUUUGUAACAAUUUCAAGUUAACCACUAGAAUAACGAAGAAGUAUUUUAUUAAUUAAAUAAUUUAUUCAUAGGACAAUUUAUAUUUACGUCUGCAUUGCAAAUAAAAUACGAGAUUUGAUUCCAUUUUAUUUAUCUGAUUAUUCUCUGUCUACCGGUUCUAUAACUUCGUUGUAGAACAGAAUGUCGUUAAGUCUUAUUUAAUAAUUAAUCUUUUUUUCUAAAUUGCUUUAUAGCUCGGGGCUCUAGGCCUUUUAAGCUGUAUUAGUAUAAGCUCCAAUCUGACCAUAGAGCAGAUAAAAAAUUGUACCAGUGAAGUAAAAAUUAUAAAAUAAUAAAAAAAUAAUAACCCAGUGUAAAUAUUAUUUAAAAAUCAGAUACUCUUAAUAAUGCAAUGUAAAAUGACACAAAAAUCACUAAUAUUUAGAACAUGCAAAUAAAAAAAUAUUUUUAUGUAAUUUCUUAUGCCUUUAUAUUUUACGACGUAGAUAAGUAUGUAUAAGUUAUUUAUUAAAUAUUUACCAACGAAAGUAUUUUCAUGUAUAGUACCUGUCUAGUCCAUAAGUUAGUAAUAGUAUUUUUAAUUUUGAUAUUAUUAAUACAUCUUCAUAAAAUAUAAAUUCUAUAACCCACCUUUUAAGACAUUAAAUUAAGGUCAUUUUAUUAUUAUUUUAUUACAUUAAAACUGGAAGUAGGUUUUUUUGUAAACUACUAUUUUUUUUGUAUUUUUUUAAUAUACUUACGUACUUAUAAAAAUAUGUAUUCUAAGGGUAUGUAUUAUAAAUUAUUCUCAAAAAGAUCGUAUUAAAAAUAAACUACAAACAUAUUUGUACUUAUAAAAAUAUCAUACUUAGUAUUUCUCUUCUGAUAGACAUUUUAUAUUUAAAUAAAUAAUGUUUGUUAAUACUUACAUUUUAUUACCAAGGUAAUAAAUAAUAAUUAGUAGAUUAAAAAUCAUUUAUAAUGAAAAAAAAAACAUUAAAAAUAGUGACUUACGAAUUAAAAGGACUAACGUAAUUUAUUCUUUCUCUGUAUAUUCUCUUUAUAUUUUUUAUUAGUUUUUUCACUUUUCACCAUUUAUUUAUAAAUUCUCUGAACAAAACAUUCCUUUGCAUUUAGUGUCUAUUUUUUAUAAAUUUGUAAAUAAUAAUAUUUAGUUUUAAAAAUGUGCUCGUCUUUCUGUAUAUUGUUUUUUAAAUAAACAAGUAGAUAUAUUUAAUUUGAA